AUGCAAAAGUUUUUCAAAAAAAAAACGUGCCCGCGUGGUCGUGCCUACGGCUACUCGACGGUGAACAUCGUUUAUGAAUGGUGCGGGAUUGGGACAAAACCCGGUUGCAUGCCGGUAAAGGUGGACGACAAAAUCGAGCUGCCGUCCUACAAUUUCUCUGAGCAUUGUAUCAACAGCACAAUCGCUAAGCUAUCAUCGGGUUCAUAUUCACGAUUGAAAGUAUGGUUUCUUUUCGAUCGCGAAUCCGGUUUUUAUAUGUUACAAAUUUUUGUCCCUGCUGCUCUCGUUGUCGGGAUUAGCUGGGUAUCUUUCUGGAUUAAUCGUGAUUCAGCACCAUCAAGAACGAUUAUUGGUGUGAUGACAGUGCUCACGGAAACUCAUUUGAUGACGGGCACAAAUCGUCGUUUACCACCAGUUGCUUACAUAAAGGCUGUUGAUGUCUAUCUGGGUUUCUGCUAUCUUUUGGUGGUGUUCGCGUUGAUUGAAUACGCUUGUGUCGCGUAUACGAAGAAAAAAAAUGAGGAUCGACGCAGGAGACAGAAAAAAUCCGAUUUCAAACCGCCGAGCUUGCAAACGCCGGAUCUUCUGCAAGAUGCCCGUCUGGCUGAGUGCACUUGCAACACUCAGCAAUCGAUUGUGGCCAUCGUGAAGCGGCCAAGCAAAUUCUGCAUCAAACACUCGCACAUCGAUAUCGCCGCUCGAAUCAUCUUUCCUGGCACUUUCCUAAUCUUCAACUUGAUCUUUUGGUUGAUCCUGUUGACGAAAACGAAUCGAAUGCCUUACAACGUCAUUCAAGGCUCUCGUUGUAAUCUCAUGCCCGCCGAA